AUGUCGGACUUCGCGAGCCUGAGGGGCAGGUUCCGAGCAGUUCCCAAAAAAAACUUGCAAGAGUCUACGGGUUGCAAAGUGACCAAGAGACCCCGAGAGUCGCAUGUGUGCACUCAAUGCAAAAGGGCCAAGUUGAAAUGUGACCGCAGUCAGCCAUGCGGAAGCUGCGUGAAACGAGGCGACGCUGCCAUCUGCAACUACCUGCGGGUGUCAAGCAACGCCAUGCGUGGCGGUGACAUCCACGGCAAUCGUCACUCGGUGGCUGAAGACAGACUCCUACAUUUGGAAUCGCUCGUCAAGCUGCUGAUGGAAAAUCAAGCCUCGGCGCAGGCAGGCAAGGACGCAGCACUCACAAACCUGGCAACGCCGUUGGUUGGACCCUCUGAGGCGCAGCAUGAGGAAACCAACUUGGCAAGCUAUGUCGGGUGGACACAUUGGUCGGCGAUACUGGAUGAUAUUCACGAACUGAAGGCGGCCUUGAGCAGCGCAGCUCAUGGUCAGGAAGGGGGUGAUGGUAACACCCUGUCAGAAUCUUUGGCCACCCCGAACAGCCGCCACGAGCCCAUAUUUGGACUCUCAGGCAACUAUUCCCUCGCACAGGUCCUAUCGCAAUAUCUUCCUCCGAAGCACGAAGUUGAUCGGCUGCUCGCCAUCUAUUUCCAAGGAGAAACUUUCAUCGUUCCAUUUAUUCAUACCUACCAGUUCCAGCGCCAGUAUCGAGCUUUCUGGAGCGGGAUGACCAGUGUCAAUCCCCUUUGGCUUUCCGUGUUGUUUUCAAUUUGCUGCAUAGCUGCUUCCAUCAAGGCGGCACAUGGCCCUUCCGCGACGAAUAUCCCGAUGACCAUCGCCAGCUCCAACCUCCAUACAGCCGCAGGGCAAUGUCUAGUUCUCGGAGAAUACUACCGACCGCAGCCAUUAACGGUGGAGGCACUCGGCUUAUACGCGCAAUACAAGAACCUCAAAAGCCUCGACCCCUCUCGUGAAGCCGGAGCUAUCCUGGGGGUGGUUGUGCGCAUGGCCUAUGAGAUGGGCUACCAUCGGGAUCCUGACUCAUUUGGCUCAUUCACCGCUUUUGAGGGUGAGAUGCGCCGACGCUUUUGGUCCGCAUGCAAGCAGAUGGAUCUCAUGAUCUCCUUUCAGCUUGGCCUUCCGAGCACCAUCCGCCUGGAGAACUGUGACACCAAGUCACCGAGAAACCUUAUGGAUUCGGAUUUCGACGAAACCACAAAUGUACUGCCCCCUUCCCGUCCCGAGAACGAAACAACAAGACUCCUCUGGUUUAUUGUCAAGGACAGGCAAAUGUCUGGUUUCGGAAAGGUAUACCAGGAUGCUCUGUCCUUCAGAGAGAAGACCGAGACCGAGGUCCUCCAACUCGACCAGGAAAUUCAACAAAUGUACGAGACAAUCCCCGAAGUCCUGAGGACACGACCUCUCUCGGAGUCGAUUAUGGAUUCCCCAUUUGUCAUCAUGACAAGACUCUACAUAGAUUUUAUUUAUCUGAAGAGCCUUUUGGUUCUCCAUCGGCGAUACAUGGCACGCGGCAACUUGUCGAGCACUCAGUCCUGUGUGAGCGCUGGGACACGUCUCGUCGGUCAAUUCAUUGCCAUGUACAAGGAGAUUGCACCUGGUGGUCUCCUGCAUACCGAGCGGUGGAUGUUGACAAAUUUUACGAUGAAUGAUUUCCUGCUCGGGGUCAUGGUGCUCUGCCUAAUCAUCCACAUUCGGCGCAAGCAUAUGGCCGGGAGUGUUCCAUCAUUCAUCGACGCCCCUACAGAGGCCGAGGUCAUUGCCCUCCUAGAGCAGGCCGCGGUCAUCUGUAUCGAGAAGUCCAGUCUGAGUCAAGAUGCAAAACAGGUGUCAGUUGCUAUCCGUCUCGUGUUGGAUAGCACCACAUCUUUGAACAUGCCCAACGCUAACGAGGCUUUCCCCCCCUACGGCAAACAGUCCAACAUUGCUGGCAGUUCACGGGACGUUGACCUAGCGCCUUUACCGUUGCAACCCCAGGAGGAGCAGCGCUACCCCUUAGGGAACCAAGAACUGUCCUUUGGACUUCUUGAUCCCUUCAAUUUCAUGCAUGAUGAUUUUGAGAGGAUGGAUUGGAUGGCAUUUGACUCGCAGAUAACAGGUCGAGACGGUCCACCAACAUAUCUGAGCGAGUUUCAAACAGGGUAA